AUGUCGAAGCGCGACCUCCAUAUCCAGCCGCGCAUGACCAAGAGGGGCCCCUUCUCGGUCGAGGCGCCCGGCUACGAGCCCGUUGAGGGAGAGACCAUCCCCCGGCGGCACCCGUCCGCGAAGGACGGUCUGAUCCUGCGCCCUUCUGAAGAUGUCGCGACCACCUAUGACAACUUUCGCCGUUCCGCUCGCCUGUACGGAAACAACAGGGCUGUCGGCACCCGCAAGCUGAUCAAGACCCACACGGAGAACAAGAAGGUCAAGAAGAUGGUAGAUGGCGUUGAGCAGGAGGUGGAUAAACAGUGGACCUACUUUGAGAAGAGCGGGUACACCUACAAGACCUUCCUCGAGUACGAGCAGCUCUGCUUGCAGCUCGGCAGCGGCCUGCGCAAGCUCGGCCUCGAGAAGGACAGCAGGGUUCACCUCUACGGCGCGACGAGUGCAAACUGGCUGGCUAUGUCACACGGCGCUGCAUCUCAAUCCGUCACUAUCGUCACUGCCUAUGAUACCCUGGGUGAGGACGGCUUGAAGCACUCCCUUAAGCAGACCUCUAGCACUGCCAUCUUCCUCGACCCCGGUCUGAUCAAGUCUCUGACCAACGUCCUGAGUGAGGUGCCCUCUAUCAAGUUCGUUAUCUACAACACCGAUGACGAGGUGACGCAGGCAGACCUGGAGAAGCUCAAGACCGACUUCCCCAACGUCUCGGCGCUCAGCCUCGAGGAUCUGCGCAAGAGCGGCGAGGAGAACCCCGUGGACCCCGUGCCGCCCAAGCCCGAAGACCUUUGCUGCAUCAUGUACACCUCUGGCUCGACCGGCCCGCCCAAGGGUGUCUCUUUGACCCAGGCCAACGUGAUUGCCGCUACCGCCGGUGUCAACGAGAUUGUCGGCCCGUACAUCGGCCCCAAGGACUCGCUGCUCACAUACUUGCCCCAAGCGCAUAUCUUGGAGUUCAUGUUCGAGAAUCUGUGCCUGUUCUGGGGUGGCUGCAUGGGCUACGGUAACCCGCGUACUCUGUCGGAUGCCUCUAUGCGUAACUGCAAGGGUGACAUUCGCGAGCUCCAGCCCACUAUCCUGGUUGGUGUUCCGGCCGUCUGGGAGUCGGUGAAGAAGGGUGUCUUGAACAACCUAAACAAGAAUAGCAUCAUCAUCAAGAGCAUGUUCUGGGGUGCUAUGGCUGCUAAGAACUUCCUGCUCAACAACGGCUUCCCUGGUGCGGGCGUCGGUGCUUCAAUCCUCGACGCUGUCGUCUUCAAGAAGCUCAAGGAGGCCACCGGCGGCCAUCUCCGCAUUAUGAUGAAUGGCGGUGGUCCCAUCUCCAAGGACACUCAGCGUUUCCUGUCGAUGGCCAUUGCUCCCAUGAUCAGUGGUUACGGUUUGACCGAGACCUCCGCCAUGGGUGCUCUCAACGACCCCAUGGCGUGGAACCCCAACGCCCUGGGUGAGAUUCCCGCGUCGGUGGAGAUCAAGCUCGUCGACUUCCCCGAUGCCGGAUACCUCACCAAGAACACCCCUCCUCAGGGUGAGAUCUUCAUUCGCGGUGGCAGUGUCACCUCGGGUUACUUUGACAACGAGGAGGAGACCAAGAGCGCGUUGACCGAGGACGGGUGGUUCAUGACUGGCGAUAUUGGCGAGUUCGACUCGAACGGCCACCUGCGCAUCAUCGACCGCAAGAAGAACCUGGUCAAGACUUUGAACGGCGAAUACAUUGCUCUUGAGAAGCUCGAGUCUGUCUACCGCUCGUGCCCCGUGGUUGGCAACAUUUGUGUCUACGCUGCCGAGGACCAGGACAAGCCCAUCGCCAUUAUUGUGCCCGUGGAAGUGGCCCUGAAGAAGAUCGCUAGCGAGAAUGGCAUCGAGGGUGACACCCUUGAGACUCUCGUGCACAAUGAGAAGCUCCAGCGCCUGGUUUUGCAGCAGCUCCAGAGCUCCGGCCGCGCCGGUGGCCUACGUGGCAUCGAGAUUAUCAACGGCGUUGUUCUGUCUGACGAGGAGUGGACUCCGCAAAACGGUUACAUGACCGCGGCCCAGAAGCUCCAGCGCAAGAAGAUCGUCAACACAUACAGGGCCGAGAUUGACAAGGCCUACAGGAAGAAAUAA